AACUUGUGUUAACAAUGGCAAUAUUAUUACAUUAUUGUGCGAUAUUCUGUGGUGUGUUUCUGAUUACCUUCAAAGGUUGUUAUUCAGAAUUUAUAAAAGAAAAUGUGACACUAAUUAUUGAUCAAGGAACGUUAGUUGGAAGAAAAUCAUUAGAUUAUUGGAAUGGAACAUUUUACAAUUUUGAAGGAAUUCCGUUUGCAAAGCCACCAAUUGGCGAGCUACGAUUUAAAGCACCCGAACCAGCUGAGCCAUGGUUUGGUAUUUAUGAUGCCACAAAAGCUAGACCCAUUUGCCCACAAAUAGAAUUUCCUUAUAUUAAAGGAAUGGAACAAAAUGAAGAUUGUUUAUUUUUGAGCAUUCAUUCAAAAAUGUCAAAAAAAUUACAACCUGUAAUGGUUUGGUUUUUUGGAGGUGGUUUUCAGUACGGAACAAUAUUCGGGCAUAGAUAUGGGCCAGAAUUUCUUAUAUCCCAAGAUAUUGUCUUAGUGAAAGUAUCAUACCGUUUAAAUACUUUUGGGUUUUUAAUGAUUGAUGAUCCUAAAUAUGGUAUUCCUGGCAAUGCAGGUUUUAAAGACCAAGUGCUGGCGCUAAAAUGGAUACAAAAAAAUAUUCAUAAUUUCGGAGGCGAUCCCAAUCAGGUGACAAUUUUUGGUCAAAGUGCAGGUGGAACCUCUGUCAAUUUAUUAAGUUUAUCUCCACUAGCUAAAGGGCUAUUCCAUCGAGCUAUUAUGCAAAGUGGUACAGCUGGCGCUUCUUAUUUAACAACACCAAAAAAAUUUACCGCCAUAAGCUCAUCCAUAAAUUGUACUGCAAACCAAACAUUGGAUGACAUUGUAAAGUGCAUUAAUGAAAGUACUACAGAAAGUCUUAUAAAUGGCUUAGAAGUAUUAGAUGGGGAAAUGUUUUACAAUGAAAUUCUCAACAUAUCUGUACCUGAUGAUUUUAAUAUUCUCACCAUUGAAAAGCAUUGUACUAAUAGUUUUUUGGAAGAAAGGCCAGGAUGUAUUAUAUCAAAGGAAAACUUUGAACCAAUUCCAACAAUUAUGGGUUUCACAACCAAUGAAAUUAAUGAGGAUGAUGCUAGAAAUUAUUUCUUCUCUCCAAAUUUCACAGACUAUAGAAUAUUAAUACCGUCAGAUAUUAAAAUAGAUUUAAAAUCUGACGAAGCUUUUGAGUUAGGAAAAAGAAUUAAAGAAGUAUAUUAUGGAAAUCAAACGCCAUCAAAUGAGUUAGUUGAUCAAUUCGUUAAAUAUUUAAUGGAUACAAAUGGUUUGGCAAAAAUGUAUAAAUAUGCAAAGAUAUUGUCCAAAAGUACAUCGGUCUAUUUUUAUGAAUUCAAUUAUUAUACGAAAUUAAAUCCACAACAAAAUACGACCAGAAAAAAUAUAAAUCAUAGUGAUGACCUAUCAUAUUUAUUUUAUAUGAAAGGAACAACACCAGAAAAUAUGGGAAAAAUUUCUGAAGAAUAUAUAGCAAUUCAUCGUAUGAUAAAGUUAUGGACUACUUUUGCUAAAACUGGCAAUCCAAAUCCCGAAAACGAUCCACUAUUGAAUGUAAAAUGGUUACCAAUUGAGUCAAGUAAAUUCAACUAUUUAAAAAUAUCACAAAAGUUAAAAUUAAAACAAAAUUUAGCCGAGAAACGUAUGAAGUUUUGGGAACAAGUUUAUAAGCAAUACGAUUCCAUUGUAGAAGCAUCGUACCGGUAUAAAAAGUUAAAAUCUCCAAAUCAUGGUGGGCACAUGAAGAAUAUAUUUUUAGGUACAGUGUUUUUAAUUACACAGAAAUUUGAUCUGAAAAAUGUCACAGUUACUAUUGAUCAAGGAACAAUACUUGGCAAAAAAUCAUUAGAUUACUGGAAUGAAACAUUUUACAGUUUUGAAGGAAUACCAUAUGCAAAGCCACCAAUUGGCGAGCUACGAUUUAAAGAACCCGAACAAGCUGAGCCAUGGACUGAUAUUUAUGAUGCCACAAAACAAAGACCUGCUUGUUCACAAAUUGGGGAUUUUUUAAUUGCCGGAGUGGAACAGAAUGAAGAUUGUUUAUUUUUGAAUAUUUAUUCGAAAAUGGCAAGAGAAUUAAAACCUGUAAUGGUAUUUAUUCAUGGAGGUGGAUUAGGAUAUGGAAGUAUUUUCGAAGCAAGGUAUGGACCAGAAUUACUAAUGACUGAGGAUAUUGUAUUAGUUAAAAUAGCAUAUCGCUUGAACGUCUUUGGUUUUGGGGUACUAGAUGAUCCUAAAUAUGGUAUUCAUGGUAACAUGGGCUUCAAAGAUCAAGUAUUAGCAUUAAAAUGGAUACAAAAAAAUAUUAACCAUUUCGGUGGUGAUCCUAAACAAGUUACAAUUUUUGGUGAAAGUGCUGGUGGUUCUUCGGUUAGUUUCUUGGGUUUAUCACCAUUAGCUGAAGGAUUAUUUCAUCGAGCAAUAAUGCAAAGUGGUGUCGCAGCAAACUUUCCAAUUACAAUAAAAUUAAUAGAUUUGGCUGAACCUUUAAAAUGUUCUUCAGACAAAUUGGAUAAAAUUGUCGACUGUAUUAAUAAAAAAAGCACACGAAUGCUUUUAAAUGGUUUGAAUGAAUUGCAACAAAAAAAAUGCUUUAAUAAGGUUCUCAAAAUACCAGAAAAAUGUUCAUUCAACUCUUUCACAAUAGAAAAAAAUAGUUCCAAUUGUUUCUUGACUGAUAAACCAGAAAAUAUUAUAAAAAAUGGUAAAUUUAAUGCUGUUCCAGUGGUCAUAGGUUUUAAUACGGACGAAGGCUAUAAUCUUGUCAAAUAUUAUGAUGUAAAACCAAAUUUCACAGAUUAUAGAGUUUUAAUACCAAAGGAUAUUAAAAUUGACUUAGCAUCGAAUAGAGCUGUUGAUUUGGGAAAAAGAAUUAAAGAAUUGUAUUAUGGUUCGCAAACACCAUCGAAUGAAUUAUUUGAUCCAUUUUCGGCGUAUUUAACCGACCUAAUUUUUAUGAAGAAAAUAUAUAAGUUUGCAAAAUAUCAUUCACUUGCAUCACAAACUACACCAGUUUAUUUUUAUGAGUUCAAUUAUUACACGAAGUUAAAUCCACAACAAAAUACGCCAAGAAAAUAUAUAAAGCAUGGGGACGAUAUACCAUACUUAUUUUAUAAGAAACGUGAUACACCUGAAAAUAUGGAUAGGAAUUCUGAAGAAUAUAUAGCACUUUAUCGCAUGCUUAAACUAUGGACAACUUUUGCUAAAACCGGUGAUCCAAAUCCAGUGAAUGAUCCAUUAUUGAAUGUUAAAUGGUUACCGAUCGAAUCAAAUAAAUUUAAUUAUUUAAAACUAUCACAAAAUCUAGAAUUAAAGGAAAAUCCACUUGAAAAUCGUAUGAAAUUUUGGGAUGAAAUUUAUACAGAAUUCAAAAAUCAUUCCAAAACUGUGUAUUUCAGAUGA